UGACUUGAUGAGGAGGAAGCGAGCACCAGCUCUCGCGGAUGCUAAGCUGUUAUUACAGCUUUUUCCCCUCCCCAAUAUAUUUAACUGUGAAAAAAUUAGUUUCUAAUGGGAUGGUGCGCGUUUAUUUUCGUUUGAUGCUAGAAGCUCAUGCUAAUCUCUGAGCUCGGCUCUUAAUGCGCGAGACAGCUAACUGCAGUUUUAAACGUCUCGCACUGUUUUGGAGGCUCGACAGAAAGAUGCUUGGCGGUGAACCGAUGUUUUGUGCAUGUGCACACGACGGUCAAAAUAGUGUAACGUCAGUUCCCUUUGAAGCACGGCCGUGUCCGUGGCUCGCGCUCUGCAGACGUUGAUCUGAUCUGCUCGCAGGUUUGUUUAUUUGUUGGAUUGUUUUUCUUUUCCUAAAAAAUGGAUGUGGAUGAGACCGAGGCGCGUGAGGGCGCAUGGACCCCGCUGCUGCUGUGGACCGGGUUGGCUGUGCUGCUCCCGGUGCUGAUCACGCUGUGGUGCAGCGUACGGCGCUCGGAGCGCGCGGUGCGCCUCAAAGACCUGCCGCGCGCGAGUCGGCACACCUGGCGCUACACGGACCUGUUCGGCAAGCCCACGUACUGCUGCGCGUGCAAGCUGCCCGUGCUGCACGGCGCCUUCUGCGACUGCUGCGGUGUGUGCGCGCACGAGACGUGCGCGCGGGCCGCCGAGCGCGCGCUGGCCUGCAAGGAGAUCGCCGCGCCGGCGCACGCGGAUGGACGCUUCCGCCACCGCUGGGUGCGCGGGAACGUACCGCUCGCGAGCUACUGCGCCGUGUGCAAGCAGCAGUGCGGCACGCAGCCCAAACUCUGCGACUACAGGUGUGUGUGGUGUCAGAUGACGGUUCACGACGACUGCAAACCGGCUCUCGGCGAUGACGAGUGUUGCGAUUUGGGCGAGUUCCGCUCCAUCAUCAUUCCUCCCUCGUACCUGUACCAGCUGAACAAACUGCGGCGCAGACACCCGGAUGAGUACUGCAAGCUUGCAGAAGUGUGUGGAAGUGGGUGGAGCCCCCUGCUGGUGCUCGCUAACACACGCAGUGGAAACAACAUGGGCGAAGAGCUGCUCGGAGAGUUUCGAACCCUACUCAACCCGGUGCAGGUGUUUGACCUGUCCGAGAUCUCACCUUUGAAAGCUCUGCAGCUGUGCACUCUGCUGCCUCCUGGCUGUGUGUGUGUGCUGGUGUGUGGAGGAGACGGUACAGUGGGCUGGGUGCUGGAUGCCAUCGAUGCCAUGAAACAGAAGGGUCAGGAUCAGUUCAUCCCACGUGUGACCAUCCUUCCUCUCGGGACGGGGAACGACCUGUCUAACUCUCUGGGCUGGGGUUCGGGUUACGCUGGUGAGAUUCCUAUCGAGCAGGUGAUCAGGAAUGUUCUGGAGGCUGAAGUGGUCAAGAUGGACAGGUGGAAAGUUCAAGUCGCCUCCAAAGGAACCUACUUCCGCAAGCCAAAGGUUUUAUCCAUGAAUAAUUAUUUCUCUGUGGGUCCAGACGCUCUGAUGGCCCUGAACUUCCAUGUACACCGCAAAAAGACGCCGUCCUUCUUCUCCAGCCGCAUCAUCAACAAGGUGGUGUAUUUUCUCUACGGAACCAAAGACUGUCUGGUGCAGGAGUGUAAAGACUUGGACAAAAGGAUUGAGUUGGAGCUGGAUGGAGAGCGGGUGCCAUUGCCCAGUCUGGAGGGCAUCAUCGUGUGCAAUAUCGGCUACUGGGGUGGAGGCUGCCGGCUGUGGGAAGGGAUGGGAGACGAGCCGUGUCCUCCAACACGGCUGGAUGAUGGGCUGCUGGAGGUGGUCGGGGUGUUUGGAUCGUUCCAUUGUGCUCAGAUCCAGGUCAAACUCGCCAACCCUGUUCGACUGGGCCAGGCACACACAGUGAGGCUGGUCCUGAAGAGCUCACGCAUGCCGAUGCAGGUGGACGGAGAGCCGUGGGCUCAGGGCCCAUGCACCAUCACCAUCACACACAAAACUCAGGCGUUCAUGCUGUACCACAGCUCCGAGCAGACCGACGAUGAAGAGUCCAGCGCUUCGGACACUGAAGGGCCAUCGGGAAAGCAUGCUCACGCUCCGGAGAACAGCUCAGAAUCUCAGUGAGGCUUCGGCUGCGUCCCAAAGCCAUGCGGCUGUAGCGGUCUGCUCUGGCUGCUUCAUUUAAAAUUCAUUCAUUUUUUUCACUGAAUGACAUUCACAAAUCUAAUUACAAACUGAAAGUGUUACGUUUACAGACCUGCCCACCUUCAUGCACUCUUAUCCGCUGCAAUGGAAACCGGAGUGUGUGUAUAUAUUCAGGGCUUACGUGCGUGCAUUCUAAUUAAUUAUUGUCUGUAACCCGUAUUUUCUAGAAUUAAAAGAAGGUGUGAAUGUAAACAUUUCCCGUCUCUACUAUCUCACCUAAAACAAAUACGCACACUUCUGUUUCUACCUUAGGCUUGGAUUUUAUGAUUUAAUAACAUGCUAGUUUUUAGGUUAGCCUGUUUACUUACAAGCUAGUUUGUUGGUUAUGCACUAAUUUUUAGGUUAUCCUGUUUGCUUAAAUGUUUGUUUGUGGCUUACAUGCUAGUUUUUAGGUUAGCCUGUUUACUUAAAUGCUAGCUUGUUGUUUACACAGUAAUUUUUAGGUUAGCCUGUUUACUAACAUGCUAGUGUUCUUCUUGUAUAAUCUGGACUGCUCAUAUAUACACUGUUUUAUGGUGACCAUCAAAUGGUGGGGGGGGAAGCAGCCGCUUGUCUGUUUACAUGCACACAUUUGGGGAAAAAUUGUUACGUAGAAAUUACUAAGAAAGUGUGUAUACACUGUAAAACCAUGUGGUGGUUACCGUCAAACUCUGUGUAUAUGCACACUCCAGAUUCUACCUGACACAAGUGGCUAUAUUGAAAAUGUCCUGGGUUUUUUUUGUGGUGGUGUUGGUUUUUUAGCUACGCAUUAUUUCCUCUGCAGGGUUGGCAGGUCUGCAUUAACAGCACUGUUUCUGAAACACUGAACAUUAUGAUGUCACGCCGUAUAAGCGAUGAUCACAUGCACUGAUUUUUGUCUCAUUAAAAACUAGCUGCAGGAGUUUUUUUUAAGCUUUGCAAGCAGUUUUGUGCAAUAAGAGCUUUACGCUUAGGGCCACAGGGCAGUCAGUUAUUAUAUAUUUAUUAUAUAUUUUAUAUACAUAGUCCUGUUUGAGUCACAUGACCUUCAUUCUGCAUUGUCUGCAAUCUACAUUUCUUUUUUUUGUUUUUUUUUUGGUCCUGAGAUUUUUUUUUUCCGUUUACAAACCUGAUGAAUGUUUGAGUUUAUGAAUUUUUUCUACCACAUUAAAUACCUAAUAUUUUAGCACCAUUAACUAUAUUGUCUAAAUAUGAGUAUAAUAGUCUUAACCAAUUAUCGACACAUGUUUACUGUAAAGCUGUGAAUUAACAGGACUAAAAAAACCCUUCACCUGUAUUGUGUUGGUUUUUUUUUUUUUUUUUUUUUUUUUUACAAAUUGCUAUUGAGUUGUUUUAUUUUAUUUUAUACACUGUCCUUUCCUGAUGCACUGCUAUAACUCACUGCCAUGUGUUUUAGUUGCAUUUUCCACUUGCACUAUAGUAGAGGUGUGCGCGAACAUUUUAAGAACUUGCUUGGUUUUAAUUACCCGAAAUAUAAACCUAUUAGCAUAUUUAAACCAAAUUUUCUUUUAAUGAAGAUGAAUGAAUAUAGUAGUAGACGCGUACUCAAGCAAUCUGCCGCAUUCAACACAGCUUUACCAUACAUGUUUGGCGCUUGUGGGUGUGGCCUGUUCAGCUGCUUCUUCUUUUUUUUUUAAGUUCCUAUUGCAACAUUAAUAACUACUGUAUACUGUAUAUCUUCUAAAACUAUUUAGUCAAACACAAAUUAAAUAACACACUAAUUAGCGUGAAAAUUAGUUUGAUUUACGUGUCACAUGCUCGGCUUUGUACUAGCUUUGUUUUCAGACUAGAUUAACAAAGCAAGCUAACUUUUCUAGCUACGUACUCUCACCAGAGGCACCAACGAUCUCUGAAGAAACGUUCAGACUACACACGCUGUAGGAUUGGGCCGAGGAAUAAUUUAAUGGAUUAUUGGAUUUUUCACUUUACAGAAUUAUACCAAAUGUAAAUUAGAAAUAGCUGUUCCUAUGGGUUGUUGUUGUUGUAAUUGAUGGUGUGCACACCUCUACUUUACAUUGAAUACAUUUGUAUUUAAUUUAACUGUCUGUCUUUCGUGUGUGUGAGGCUGUAGUGCUUCUCUUCUGGAUUUUAGACCAAAAAAGUUUGAAAAAUGUCCUAUUCUUUCCUUUCAAUAUAUUGAAUUUUAGGUUAAAAUAAUUUGCCUAACUGAGAUCUUAUCAAAGUGUGAUUACUUAAUACUAGAAAUGUAUAAAUAUAGUAGAAAAAUCACUAAACCAAUUAGCCCUAUGUGUGCCCUAUGUGAGAUUUUCUGAACGAUUACGAAUUAGUAUUUUUGGAUAUGCUAAGAUUUUGGAGUUUAGGUUAGAUUCCAUUUGGCAAAAGUGUUAUUUAUUAAACUUUUUAUUUAAGUUGGCAGACUGACAAACUCAAGAAUUUGCUGUUACUUUGCAGUUCACCAGCUAUAUUAAUUCUAAAUAUGGUCAUGUAUGUAUUACUGAAUCCAGCGAGAUCGAAAUCAUACAGUAUUCAUUUGGCAUUUAUAUCUAGUUGUUAUCUUGCCAAUAUUUUACAUUGCUGUUCUUGUUGCAUUAAACAUCUUCAUGACACAAAGCCACAGAUGCUUUGAGAGAUUUCAUAACAGAUUGCACAAACGUUAAUUUCUCUUUCAAAUGUUGAGAAAUUCUGAAUGUGAUUGAUGAAAUAAAGAAUGAAUGUCCAAGA